AUGCCAUUAUAUGCAAAGUUUCUUAAAGAAUUAAUUACCAAGAAGAGAAGUUGGCAAGAGAAAGAAACAGUGAUUCUCACUCAAGAGUGUAGUGCCAUUAUUCAAAAGGGACUGCCACCAAAACUUAAGGACCCAGGCAGCUUCCUCAUACCAUGCACAAUUGGGAGUAUAGCCAUUGAUAAAUCACUAUAUGACCUGGGAGCAAGCAUUAACUUAAUGCCUCUUACUAUGAUGAAGAAAAUGAUGAUAGAAGAGCUGAAACCCACAAGGAUGUCACUCCAACUUGCUGACAGAUCUAUCAAAAUACCAAAUGGUGUAGUUGAGAACCUCUUGGUGAAAGUGGGAAAUUUUAUAUUCCCAGCGGAUUUUGUGGUCCUAGACAUGGAUAAAGAGGGGAGCAACUCAGUUAUCCUUGGUAGACCCUUUUUGGCUACAGCUAGAACAAUCAUUGAUGUGGAAAAGGGAGAGAUAAUCUUCAGAGUACAUGAUGAGCAAAUGACCAUAAAUGUCUUCAAGGCAAUGCAAUACCCCGCUGAGAAAGAGAGUUGCAUGAGGGUUGAUGUGGUGGAUUCUUUGGUUGAAGAAGUAUUUGAAACAAACCAUCAAGUGAAACAGGAGGAAGUCCAGGAUAUCCAAGAACAAGAAGAGAAUAAAUUGGAAGCACCAGAGGAACCAAGUGAAGCCAAGAAAGAAGAGGCACCACAACAAGAGUUGAAACCAUUACCCCCUCAUCUUAAAUAUGCAUUCCUUGGUGAAAAGGACAGCUUCCCAGUAAUCAUCAACUCUACACUGAGUGCAGAGGAAGAAGAAAAACUCCUUGUAGUAUUGAGAGCUCACAAGGAUGUAUUGGGGUGGACCAUUGAUGACUUGAAAGGCAUAAGCCCUACCAUAUGCAUGCACAAAAUACUCUUGGAGGAAAAUUUCAAACCAGUGGUACAACCUCAAAGAAGAUUAAAUCCCACAAUGGAGGAGGUUGUUCAAAAGGAAGUCCUGAAGUUAUGUAAAGCUGGGAUUAUUUAUCCUAUCUCCGACAGUCCAUGGGUCAGUCCAGUGCAAGUAGUACCCAAGAAAGGGGGGAUGACUGUCAUUGUCAAUGAGAAGAAUGAGCUUAUUCCAACACGAACAGUGACAGGGUGGAGGAUGUGCAUUGAUUAUAGGAGGCUGAAUGAUGUCACACGAAAGGAUCACUUCCCCCUCCCUUUCAUUGACCAGAUGCUUGAAAGGUUGGCUGGCCAUGCUUAUUACUAUUUUCUUGAUGGAUAUUCUGGAGAGGGUAUAGAGGUUGACAAGGCAAAAGUAGAAAUUAUAGAAAAACUUUCUUUACCAACUAAUGUGAAAGCUGUUAGAAGCUUCUUAGGGCAUGCUGGAUUCUAUCGAAGAUUCAUUAAAGAUUUUUCCAAAAUAGCAAAGCCACUAAGCAAUCUGCUGGUGGUGAGAAACCCUUUUUCCUUUGAUGAUGAAUGUAAAUAUGCCUUUGAGACUCUAAAAGCUAGGCUCACCAUAGCACCAAUCAUCACACCCCCAAGCUGGGGAUUGCCUUUUGAACUCAUGUGUGAUGCAAGUAACCUUGCAAUUGGUGUUGUGUUGGGGCAGAGGAAGGAAAAGAAGCUUCAUGUUAUCUACUAUGCAAGUAAGGAUGCCAAACCAAGGCUAAUCAGAUGGGUACUACUCCUACAAGAGUUUGACAUUGAGAUAAAGGACAGAAAGGGUAGUAAAAAUCAAGUUGCCGACCAUCUAUCAAGGCUGCCACAAGAUGCAUAUCAAGACACUUUUCAAUCAGUAAAUGAAGAAUUUCCAGAUGAGCACCUCUUGCAAAUUCAACACACUCCUUGGUUCGCAGACAUGGCCAACUAUAAAGCAGGAAGAAGCAUUCCACAAGAGUAUACAAAGCAACAAGUUAAAAAGAUGUUACAUGAGGCUAAGUUAUUCUUUUGGGAUGAACCCUUCCUAUUCAAAAGAUGCCCAGAUGGAAUGAUUAAAAGAUGUGUGCCAGAGGUUGAGAUGAAGGACAUCUUGUGGCAUUGUCAUAAUUCUAGCUAUGGUGGCCAUUUUGGAGCUGAAAGAACUGCUGCAAAGGUGCUUCAAAGUAGUUUCUACUAG